AUAAAUGUCUGUGUAUAACUAUUUCUUUGUUAGUUUUGAUCGCUUUUCGCGCGAAGCGGGUGAGGGAAAAUAUCGCAAUCCGGUCUAAAGCAAGCUAUACCACAUUGUCCACCAAGUUUUGAAGCAGAAUGUAUUUCAGGAUAAUUUCCAUUCUGGUAUUCGUAUUAUGUACAACAGGUAAUUCGACAGGCUGUAAAAUGGUGUUUGACGAAGAACUCUAUCGUUUGCACGUAAAAAAUGAAUCAAAGCUACACGCCAAUACGAAGUAUAUGUACAAGAAGUGUGAAUCGGAAAAAGGUUCCUGUAUGAAUUGUGUUGCCAGUGGUUACGAGCUGAAAAAAAUACGCUAUGAUGUAGAAUCAACGGAUUUUCGUGCGAAUACGCCCGUAUACGUGAUUAAAGGGUGUGAAUGUGCUGCAAAACCGCCCCUCAACGGCAUUGUUGUGAAGAGCAGAGAGGUUAUCAAAGAUGAAUCAUACAUGAUUGAAUACAAAAUGAUGUCGUAUUGUACGUACGCUUUGGCUGCUCUCUGUGCGGUGUUAGGUGUGAUCAUCAUUUUUCUGUGCCUACGAUAUGAAAAUUGCCGUUCGAAAAAAAAAAGUGACAGGAUUGAAAAUGAAAAAGGAGACCAGAUUCAGCCACUUACUGUCAAAGGAAACAAUGGAGAUGGUUGUUGACCUAAUUAUCAAUGGAACGUAUGAACGUUGAUCACAGUUUUUAGGUGUUAGACAGUAGAUCAAUGUAUUCAUAAAGUUUAUCUUGACGUAAUGAAGUAUAUCAUAGGUAUAUCAUAACACUCAUAAAUUAGAGUAUUCCUCCUAACUGUUGACUCAAAUGACAGCUUCCUAUAUAUGCUGUGGUAUCCAUUUUAAUCGCAAUUUAAUCGCAAUUUGUUCAAUAUUUCUCAUUAUAUCC